AUGACCUUCGAGAUUUCCCAUUGCCUCAAGAGAAGAAGGAGUGGUAAAAAAGGCUACUGUGCCCUCAAGCUCGAUAUGAGUAAGGCGUAUGAUUGCGUUGAGUGGCCUUUUUUGGAGGCGGUUAUGAUCAAGAUGGGAUUUGGAGAUGUUUGGGCUGAAAGUCAUGAUCUACUUCAUGGGGUGGAAAUAUGCUUAGGAGCCCCUAGCAUCAGUCAUCUAUUUUUCGCCGACGACUCUUUUAUAUUCUUCAAAGCAGAGAGAGGUGAUUGUGCUACAUUGAAGACUAUUCUGCAGGAGUAUGAGUAUGCUUCUGGACAACAGGAAGAGCUUGCUGCGUCUAUGGGAGUAGCGCGGGUAGACAAGCAUGACAAGUACCUUGGGUUGCCGACUGAACUUAGCUACUCUAAAGAAGAGGCUUUUGGCUUUUUGAUUGAGAAGAUACGAACUCGGACGCAAGGUUGGAGAGAAAAGACCCUUAGCGUUGCCGAAAAAGAGAUUCUUAUUAAGGCAGUUGCACAAGCAAUUCCUUCGUAUGUGAUGAGUUGUUUUGAGCUUCCAAAGCAUUUAUGCAAUGAGAUGCAUAGACUGAUGGCCCGUUUUUGGUGGGGAGGAGAUGACACUGCGAGAAAGAUUCAUUGGAUCUCGUGGGAGAAGCUUCGUAGUCCUAAAAAUGAAGGAGGUUUGGGUUUUCGGAACAUGCAUCAUUUCAAUUUGGCGCUCUUAGCCAAACAAGGUUGGCGUUUGGUUCAAAAUCUGAAUUCCAUUAUUGCUAGACUCUUAAAAGCAAAGUAUUUCCUAAUUGCACUUUUAUGGAGGCUGAGGUUAAGGGAGGUGACUCCUAUAUUUGGAGAAGUAUUAUUUCAGGAAGAGAAGUGUUAA